UAAAAUCUAAGGAUUCGCAUAUUGGUAACACAAUGUACAAACAUAACCCAGCUUUCUCUGGGUUUUUCAAUAAAGAGCACAAACGAAUCGACCUUGUUUUAGUAUUAUCGGAUAGAGGCAGCCAUAAAACCAAAGAGAGUCGCAUAAACUACUUAACAAAUUUGAUAAAAUUUGGCUUAGAACUGGAGUUGGAUCAAGGAAAAAUGUUUGAACAUACGAAUUUAAUAUUUGCCAAAGUGCAUGCACCAGACGCUAUUAUCGAAGAGUAUGGUCUCUAUUUUAAUGUACGUAAAUUCUUUAAAGAUGACCAUGUCGAAUAUAUCAAUCCAUUCCUCGAUCCCCUCGGAAUGAAACAUGAACGGGAAUUAAUUAAACUAGUACGAGAACAGUAUCCAGGACCGGUUAAUUAUUCAACAUUAGAGAGAAGUAAGAUUGUUUAUAAUAUCAUUCUUCGAUUACCAUUAUUCGAACAAGAAGCUACCUUUGGAAUAAAUCGUUUAUUAGAGCAGGCAAUCAUUCUGGACGCAUUCGCAUUACACGAUGGGCCUCAUUUUCUUGCAUCAGGCCAAGACUCAACCACAAUCAAUGCACGACAAACUCUGUUCUACAAUUGGGUGGGCUUAGGGAAUUUAUUUAAAUCGCAACCCAUUUAUAUGAUACAAGAAUAUCUAGGAGAAGAAGUCGCAUUAUAUUUUGCGUAUUAUGAAUACUUUAAUUUUAUGUUACUAAUACCCGCAAUAAUUGGAUUCCUGCUUGCAUUAUAUCAUUAUAACAUGCCUGCACAAGUAGAUCACUUCGCAUGGGCUAUGUGCCAUCACUAUUUAAAUGAACAUAGAAACAUUUGCCCGCAGUGCCGCUAUUUCGAUUUAUGCCCUUUCAGACUUCUGCCUUCCUAUUGCACAUCCUUUGAUGAUAUCUGCAUCACCUUAGCCGUUGCUGUUAUUGUUGAACAAAUAAUCGUCAAAUUACCAUUCUACAUUACUAAGAAGAUGACUGAUCAUGAAGGCAUACUAAAUAGAAACGCACCAAGCUGGGAAAGAGAAUACAAACUACAUACUAUUAAAGAUGAUUACUUUAAUAAGGAGUACAAUAACAUAGCAAUUCAGUUCUCAAUGGCUACAUUAUUCUCCUUAACAUUUACCUUAGCACCAUUUUUUAUUUUGUUGAUCAAUAUAUGGGAUAUAAGACACAAAGCAAAAACUUUUUUGCUAGCAUAUCGACGACCAUUGUUGUUUAAAGCCUCGAAACCUUCUCUUUGGCACAAGGUCGUGAAGGAUAUGUUUACACCUCCUCUUGUUGAAACUGGUGCUAAGGUUGGGUAA